CAGGUGCAACAGCGGGCAGCUGUUCCGUAUACUACAGUCGUCUUGCUCACUCAGAAAUUAAGAAUCGGUGCAGCUUUUCCCGUUACUUUACAAUCAAUGUCUCAUACUCAGAAGAUCAGUUAUCUAAUUCCACUAAAACUAAAUUUAGAAGAAGACACUUCAAUUCCAAAAAUACCCCUCGCCGCUGGCUCCACCACCAUCGGUCGCACUCACGUUUCCGUCCCCGAUAAAAGACUCAGCCGCAACCACCUCUCUCUCACCGCCACCGCCGACGGCUCCGCCUUUCUAACUCCGGAAGGAAGCAAUCCUGUCGUGGUUAAAUCCGGCGACGAGAGGAAGAAGGUGAGAGCUGGUGAGAAAGUUCCGAUUAUUAGCGGCGAUGUUAUUGAGUUAAUACCUGGUCACCAUUUCUUUAAAUUUGUUAGUAAAUUUAAUUCGCCUAAUAAGAGACAGUUUCACAACGAUGCAAGCAAGCCGUCCGGUAGUCGGAAAAAGAAUAAGGUUGAAGAGGAAUGUGAUGGUUUGAGAGAUACGGAGGAGGCGAUUCGGAAAUUUAAUGUUGAUGAUGAUAAAUUGUCGCAAACAUUUCGGCUUUUGAAAGUGAAGGAAUUGCCAGCUUGGGCUAAUACUUCUUGUGUUUCUAUAACUGAUGUAAUCCAGGGAGAUAUUCUAGUUGCUGUUCUUUCAAAUUAUAUGGUAGAUAUUCCUUGGUUGAUUUCUGCAUGUCCAAUACUUACAAAAGUGCCUCAUGUUUUGGUCCUUCAUGGGGAGGGUGAUGGUUCACUUGAACUUUUGAAGAGAAGCAAGCCUGCAAAUUGGAUUCUUCAUAAACCCCCGCUGCCCAUUUCAUUCGGGACACAUCACUCUAAGGCAAUGUUUCUUAUUUAUCCACGAGGAGUGAGAAUUAUUAUACAUACAGCUAAUUUGAUUUUUGUUGAUUGGAACAACAAAAGUCAAGGAUUGUGGAUGCAAGAUUUUCCAUGGAAGGAUGAAAAGAGUCAAGCCAAAGGAUGUGCUUUUGAAAAUGACUUAAUUGAUUAUCUCAAUGCAUUAAAGUGGCCAGGAUUCACUGUUAAGUUACCAGAACUUGGCAAUGUCACUAUCAACCCGUCAUUUUUCAAGAAGUUUGAUUAUGGCAAUGCAACAGUUAGAUUAAUUGCAUCUGUUCCUGGAUAUCAUUCUGGUGCCAACCUGAAAAAGUGGGGACAUAUGAAAUUACGAACUAUUCUUGAGGAAUGCAUCUUUGCAAAGGAAUUCAAAAAUUCUCCUCUUGCUUUUCAGUUCUCUUCCCUUGGUUCUUUGGACGCAAAGUGGUUGAGUGAGCUGGCUACCUCAUUAUCAUCUGGACUCACACAAGAUAAAACACCUCUUGGUCUUGGAGAGCCAAGAAUAAUAUGGCCUACUGUGGAGAAUGUCAGAUGCUCUUUAGAGGGUUAUGCAGCUGGAAAUGCCAUUCCAAGUCCAUCAAAGAACGUGGAGAAAGAUUUUUUAAAGAAGUAUUGGUCGAAAUGGAAGGCUACCCACACUGGCCGCUGCCGUGCCAUGCCACAUAUAAAGACAUUUACUCGCUAUAAUGGUCAGAAUCUUGCUUGGUUAUUGCUAACUUCAGCAAAUCUAAGCAAAGCAGCCUGGGGGGCUUUGCAAAAGAAUAACUCUCAGUUGAUGAUUCGUUCCUACGAGCUGGGGGUGCUCUUCUUGCCAUCUUUCUAUAAAAAGCGUGGAAACAGCUUUUCGUGCACAAAUCCGAGAGUUAAAUCAGAGCCAACUUUGUUCGAGUUUCAGGAUAAAUGUGGAUUAUCUGAAGAUUUUGAAGCAGUAAAAACCCAACUAGUGACAUUGAUGUGGCGAGGACCUGUAGAUCCGUCAUCUGAAGUUGUUCGGCUACCAGUGCCUUACGAGCUACCUCCUCAACCAUAUUCAUCGGAAGAUGUUCCAUGGUCUUGGGACCGGCAAUAUAGCAAGAAGGAUGUUUAUGGCCAAGUUUGGCCUAGGUCUGUGCAGCUUUACACUUCCUGAGGAUCGUCGACUCUCGAAUUUGUAUAAUUGUAGUAUCAGUGACUAAUGAGUGAUUUAUGUCCGCCCACGUUGUUUAAAAAAAGAAUAGAACUCCGCUUUCCUUGUUUUAGAAAGCUAACCUAAGGUUGCUGCUCGGUUUAAGGUUUAA